AUGGAGAAGCUGAAGACAUUACUGGUUGCUAAUCGCGGCGAGAUCGCUGUCCGUAUAUGUAAGACUGCUCGCAAGCUCGGUAUUCGAACAAUAUCAAUAUACACUGGAGCCGAUGCCGCGUCCGCUCAUGUCGCUGCCGCCGAUGAAGCUGUUUUGCUCUCAGGACCCGACAGCAAGGGUUACAUCGACGGAGAGCAGAUCGUCGAGAUUGCAAAGUCCAAAGGAGCAAAUGCGGUGAUUCCCGGCUAUGGAUUCUUGUCAGAGAACACCGACUUCGCGCGUCAAGUCAUGGAUGCAGGGAUGGUCUUCGUGGGACCAGGUCCGAAGUGCAUUGAGGAUUUUGGAAUCAAGCAUACAGCCCGCGCCCUAGCUGCAGAGGCCAACGUCCCAAUUGUCCCAGGAACUCAAGGCUUGAUGAGUUCGGAAGAGCAAGCUGUCGAAGAAGCAACGAAAUUGGGCUUCCCUGUCAUGCUCAAAGCCACGGCCGGCGGCGGUGGUAUGGGUCUACUCACGUGCAAUAAUGAGAACGAAGUCCGACAGUCCUUCAAAACUGUACAGUCUCGUGGUGAAACGCUCUUCAAGAAUGCAGGCGUCUUCAUCGAGAGAUACUACCCGUCUUCGCAUCAUAUUGAGGUACAGGUUUUCGGCAAUGGCAUGGGGCAAGCCAUACAUUUUGGGGAGCGUGAAUGCUCAAUUCAACGAAGACAUCAGAAGGUGAUUGAAGAAUGUCCAAGUCCGUUUGUCGUCAAACAUCCCGAGCUUCGUGAGAAACUCGGUUCCGCUGCUGUUCGUCUCGCAGAGUCGAUCAACUAUGGAUCGGCAGGGACCAUCGAAUAUCUCGUGGACGACAAGUCUGGCGAUUUCUUCUUCCUUGAGAUGAACACCCGUUUACAGGUGGAACAUGGUAUCACGGAGCUGUGCUACGGUGUCGACCUCGUUGAGUUGAUGCUCAAGCAAGCGGAUGCAGAGCUAUGUGGCAAAGGAGGUCUCUCAGGCGAAUACCUCAAAGGCCUCCAACCACAAAAGCCUUCUGGUGCUGCCAUUGAAGUGCGGUUGUAUGCUGAGAACCCUGCCAAAGACUAUGCACCAUCACCUGGAACUUUGCAGCACGUAUCGUGGAAAGAGGUACCAGGCUCAAGGAUCGAUGGUUGGGUACAUACCGGCACCAAGGUGACAUCCUUUUACGAUCCGCUACUUGCGAAAGUCAUGGUCCAUGCUGCGGACAGGGACGAAGCAAUUGACAAGAUGACGGAACUGCUUCAGGGAUCCAAGGUCUUAGGUCCGCCAACAAACAUCGGAUUCCUGGCCGAGAUCCUGCAAGACAACACGUUCCGAUCCGGUAACACGAUCACCAAGUUCCUCGACUCUUUCGUAUAUCAGCCACACGCGAUCGAUGUCAUUCAGGGCGGAGCGUACACCCUGGUGGAAGACUGGCCAGGUCGACCCACGAUCGGCAAAGGCUUCUCGCAUUCAGGGCCUAUGGACCCCUUGGCUUUCCGUAUUGCUAACGCUCUUGUUGGAAAUCCCACAGGCAAGGAGGGUAUCGAGAUCACUCUGAGCGGGCCUGAUCUCCGUUUCCUCGGUGGUGCAAUUGUUGCGCUCUGCGGAGCACCCAUGGAAGCCAAGCUUGAUGGCAAGCAGAUCCCAAUGUGGACGAGACUAACAAUCAAAGCUGGGCAGCGUUUGACGGUGGGCAAGACCACAGGAGGAGGCUGCAGAUCAUAUCUCGCCAUCUACGGUGGUCUCCCAAGCAUAGCAACUUGGUUUGGAUCGAAGUCAACAGCUCCCAUGACAGCAGUCGGCGGGUAUCAAGGAAGACAACUUGCAGCUGGCGAUCUCUUGGCUAUCACAAGCGAUGUGCCGGAGGUACAUGGUGAACUAUCGCUACCAAAGCACCUGAUCCCAACCUAUCCUGAGGAAUGGGAUCUUUUCUCCAUGCCUGGCCCUUAUGAUGUGGGAUACCUCACCGAUGAAUUCAUCGAGGACUUCUACAAUAGCACCUAUACUAUCUCCCACAACGCAUCUCGAGGAGGUAUUCGACUUGUUGGACCGAAGCCGAAAUGGGCGCGUGCAAGUGGUGGUGAAGGCGGUUCUCAUCCGUCAAAUCUCAUCGAGUAUGGCUAUCCGCUCGGCACGUUGAAUUGGACCGGUGAUGACCCCUGCUUGUUCCCUAUUGAUGCUCCUGAUUUUGGAGGAUUUGUCUCUGCGACCACCAUUGUCAAAGCCGAAUAUUGGAGACUGGGACAGAUGAAGGCUGGUAACAAGUUGCGAUUCAGGCGGGUAUCGUAUCAAGACGCCGUUGCCAAGCGAAACGAAGUCGAGGAGUUUCUGACCUCGAUACACAACGCCUGCAAUGGUAAAGGUAGUUUCGAGGAUGUCUUCCCUCUGAAAUAUGAGGGUCUUCCUCCCUCUGCUACGUCCAAUGGUUGGGAGAGCGCAGUCAUUCACAAGAUCGAGGAAAAAGGAAACCAGCCACUGGCAACGUACCGGCAGGGUGGUGAUGACUUCAUUUUGGUUGACUAUGGCUAUGGGGCCUUCGAUCUCAACUAUCGAUGUCGUGCAGUCGCCCUUUAUCGAAAACUCAAGGAGUCUACCGGUGCUAUAUCUUUCUCCAACGGAGCGAUGUUGACAGGAACACCGGCCGGAAACUCGUUCCUGCUGUAUUUUGACUCGCUCAAAGUCAGCCGCCAAAAGAUGAUGGAUCUCCUGUUGAAGCUCGAGAAAGAACUUGGUGAUCUGAGUGAAGCCAAAUUUCCCAGCCGGAAGUACAAGCUUCCCAUUACGUACAAGAGCAAAAGACAGACGGAGAGCUUGCAGAGGUAUAUGGAGACGCAACGACCUUAUGCAGCGUACCUGCCUGAUCCUGCGGAGUUCGUGGCCAAGAACAAUGCCUUUACACAGCAACAGGUUGGUUCCCCCUUGCAGCUCCGCGACAUAUUGACUCAAUCAUCAUUGAUGGUGGUAGCCGUUGGCUUCUUCAUCGCGCUACCAGUCGCGUUGCCGAUCGAUCCACGUCAACGCAUGCAAUGCCCCAAGAUGAAUCCAUCCAGAAUCCACACUCCGGAAGGUUGUGUCGGGUGGGGCGGUUCCUGCAUGGCAGUAUACAACGUUGAAUCUCCUGGAGGCUACAUGAACCUCGGACUUUCUAUUCCAGGUGCCGACAUCCUGGGCUUCAAGAAAGGGUACAGUCCUGAGAGACCAUGGCUGUUCGAGGAUUUCGACCAAAUCACCUUCUAUGAGGUGUCCGAGGAGGACUAUGAGAGCAUGCUGGCUACCUUCAAAAGCGGCCGCUAUGAAUACCAGUACGAAGAUACUGUGUUCGACAUGAAAGAGCACAACCAGCUCCUGCGCGAUACGAAGGAGGAAGUCGAGCAGAUCCGAGCCAGGCAGCACGAAGCACAGGCGGAAAUGGACAAAGUGGAGAAAGAACUGCUUGAGAAGUGGACCAAGGAGAAGGAAGCUAACAAGAUCAGCGUCGAUACGAUUGAAGAUCUCCUACAUGAUCCGGAUAUCAUUACGAUAGAGGCUCCUCUGAAUGCCAAUGUCUGGAAAGUCGAGGUCAACGAGGGUGACACCAUCAAGGAAGAGCAAAUUGUCUCGAUCCUGGAGGCCAUGAAACUCGAAAUCCCGGUAAAGGCGGAGGAAAGUAUGGCUGGAGCCAAGGUCGAGAAGAUGCUUGUCAAGCCGAAUGAUGUCGUGCAGGCUGGGCAACCAUUGAUGCUUCUGCGAAGAUCAAAAUAG